UUUAUUUCACGGGAAAUGGUUCGGCGAGUUAACAGAAUAUGACACCCUCUUUAGAUUCUGCGGUUUAGGCGUGAUUUAUUUUAUUUUUGUGAGAUCUUAAACGGGAUUUGAAACAAAUAUCUGCAUACAUCUAAAUGCACUCGCUGGUUAGAGACCAUGACGAGGAAGGUUCCCACCUUGUUCACAGGGGAAAUUGAAGGAGAAAAGGCAAGCAACUGGCCAGAUGAAAAAUUUGUUUCUCCCACAGGGAUAGCGUGUUACAGAUGUUGACGGAAAAGGAUGCUGGUCUUCGCCAGGGCAAGAAUCAGUGGGACACAAAGACCCCGGGAGACUCGAGGCCAGGACUGCCACUUGUUACAGAGUAGACGGGGAAAAACAUGUGCACUGCAAGCUUUGCAAGAUAGCAGUGGAAAAGAGUAGCACCCCGGAACAUUCAUUUCAAGAACUUCACCAAAUAGGACAAAUAGAAAUUAUCUUCCAGUUAAAAGGAUGAAGUUCCUGUCCGGCUUUGUGACAUUUGAGAACCUCCAUGAGGUUCGGCGGUUGUGCCACUGGGGUCCGAUCAUAGCUCUGUCUGUCAUUGCCAUAUGCUCAACCAUGGCAAUCCUGGACUCCAUUAUCUGGUACUGGCCUCUGGACACAACAGGAGGCAGCAUUAACUUCCUCAUGCUCAUCAACUGGACCGUACUCAUCCUCUACAACUACUUCAACGCUAUGUUUGUUGGGCCAGGAUACAUUCCUAUUGGCUGGAAACCCGAGAACCAAGUCGAUAUGCAGUACCUACAGUACUGCAGAGUUUGCCAAGGUUACAAGGCCCCCAGAUCCCACCACUGUCGAAAGUGUAACAGAUGUGUCAUGAAGAUGGACCACCACUGCCCAUGGAUCAACAACUGCUGCGGCCACAUGAACCAUGCUUACUUCACUAGCUUCCUGCUGCUGGCUCCGCUGGGAUGCUCACACGCCGCCAUCAUCUUCAUUAUGACCAUGUAUACACAGCUGUAUGAGAGGAUAUCAUUUGGUUGGAGCACUGUAAAGAUUGACAUGAGUGCUGUGCGUCAGUUCCAGCCCCUCAUGCCCUUCAGUGUGCCCGCCUUUGCUGCCACACUCUUUGCCUUAGGUUUGGCAUUGGGCACCACAAUUGCCGUUGGGAUGCUUUUCUUCAUUCAAAUGAAAGUCAUCCUCCGUAAUAAAACCUCAAUCGAAUCCUGGAUUGAGGAAAAGGCCAAAGACAGAAUACAGCACUACCAAACAGGGGAAGAGUUUGUUUUCCCUUACGACCUCGGCGGCCGCUGGCUGAAUUUCAAACAAGUCUUUACAUGGUCAGGGACACCUAAGGGAGACGGCACAGUUUGGCCGGUUCAUCCCAAGUGUCACCAGCACACCUUAACUAUAGAGCAGCUGAAGCAGAAAGCUGAUAAAAGAGUUAGAAGUCAGGUCCAGUACCAGGUGGUGGAGGACUACAAUGGAGCCUGCUGCCCUCUCAGCAAGGGUAUACAAACCUUUUUUAGGACCCCCUGCACUGAGGAGCCCCGUAUCCCCCUGAAUAAGGGGGACAUCAUCCUGGCCACCCGUGGCACCAAAUGGUGGAUGUAUGGUGAUAAAGUUUUAAGUGAGGAGGAAAUGAAAGCCGGAGAUCGAGUGCGGGGAUGGUUUCCCAGAAGAUGCGUUGAAAAGUGCCAUUAUGACACAGCUGCCAAUGAUAGCACCAGCAAUAAGAAAGUCAAUUAGUACGUCCAGAGGCUUUAUGAGGUGUAGGGGAGCUAAGCUGAACAGAAUGUCCAUCUACUGAAGAUGUCUUGCCUCAGGCUGCAGGCUCUACUCAAGAAUUUCAUACUUUAAUUAAUAUGUCAAUCAUGUUGUUGGCAUAUAUCGGCUUCAUUUCAGAGGAUGCAUCAAAGUCUUAUAGAGAACUUGCUGUUAAGUGUCUAAAACAGACAGUUUGUGUGAGAGUUUGGUUUGUUUCUUGACUGUAAUGAAAACCCCGACAAGAGUCUUAAUUUCCAAGAAUUGCCAAAAGGCUUUUAUGUGACUUCAUUAUGAUUAUGUGAUAAUUCUUUUUUUCUUGAAUCUGUUAUUUUUACUUCUGUGUUGUUGUCUUUCUUUUUUUUUUUCUACUUAUGCAAUGCCUCUGCCCAGCGUACCCCAGGGCUUCAUAAUGCAACUCUUUCUACAAUAUGGAGAUAACAAUUCAUUACUUCUUAUUUUUGUAAAAGCCAAUUGUUUGCCUCAAAUUAUAAAUUGCAAAUUAAAAUAAAAAUCUUCCCCAAGGGUGUAUUAUU